AUGAAACGGAAAGUUUCGGUGUACGAUUCUUCGAAGGAUAAGACACUCGGCCAGGUGGUGAAAGGCGAAUCUCCGAUAUGGAUUCGUGUAGCUAUGGCUAUUCUUCGAGUCUGGUUUUUCAUAUACGAUUGCCUCAAUUAUCUCCCAUAUCAGUUGUUCAAUUCACCAACUGAGAAACUACGCAAAUCUGAACGUGUCAAGGCAAAUUGGGUGGAAGAUCGUGAUGGGCCAAUCCGCAACGUCCAAGGACAUGCUUCGGAAACAUUCCCAGGAAAAGACACAAUCGAUAAAGUAAGACAAUGUGUUCAUAAUCCGAUAUUAUAG